CUGCAAUCGCGUUCCCCGGCAACGCUGAGCGUCCUAUGGGGUCCGGCCGUCGGUCCCGGGCAGCACCACCACCGCGUCCCGCGGAGGCCCGCGGUGCUGAACGGCGGGCGGAGGAGCUGCGCUGGGCCGCACAGCAGAAAUGCCGUCCUCAGAGGUCGUCCUGCAGCCAUCCCCCAGCAAGAGGCAGAAGGGCUCGGUGCCCGGGGAGCCCGCUGCACGCCUCCGCUUCGCUAAGCUGUCCGAGAACGCCUGCACCCCCUCCAGGGGCUCUGCUCGGGCUGCCGGCUACGAUCUGUACAGUGCCUAUGACUGUGUGAUACCACCCAUGGAAAAGGCUGUAGUGAAAACAGACAUUCAAAUUGCACUUCCUUCUGGAUGCUAUGGCCGAGUAGCACCACGUUCUGGGUUAGCUGCAAAGCACUUCAUAGAUGUUGGUGCUGGUGUUAUUGAUGAGGAUUACAGGGGAAACGUUGGAGUGGUACUCUUCAACUUUGGGAAAGAGGCUUUUGAAGUUAAAAAAGGGGAUAGGAUUGCCCAGCUUAUUUGUGAACGCAUUUGCUACCCUGAGCUGGAAGAAGUUCAAGCUCUAGAUGAUACAGAACGUGGUGAAGGUGGCUUUGGUUCUACUGGAAAGAACUGAAAAUUAUUUGAAUAUGCUUUCUAUUUAUUUUUUUUUUUUAUGUUAUUUCUAAAUUUUCAUUUGAAUUAAAGUCAGAUUUUGGAGUACGUUAAAAAAAGGUCAAGUUUUAUUCAGACUUCUAUCUCUCCUCCUGUCCACUUUUACAGGCCAUGAAUUCAUCCACAUUAUGGCAAAAUGUGCAUGACUGACUUGACCAUUUGUUGAAUUUUUUUUUCUUCUUAGAUGUUCUGUGUUCCAUAAUAUUGUUUAUGUGCUGAUUAUGCUCUAAUAAACUAAAAUUGAUGUAAUGAUUU